AUGACUCCGGCUGCAGCUGCGCUGCAGGCAAAUAUUUCAGCAAUGGCGACUGUGUUUCAUGUGAUAGCACUUGUCCUGACUGUGACGCCAAUACUGGAAAUUGCAAGACUUGCGUUGAUCCUUCUCCAAGAAUGGCAGUCUCUCAGUCUGACUCAAAGAAAUGCCAAUGUCUCGGAUCCCAACAGCUUGUCUCCAAUCAAUGCUCUUGUACCUCAGGCUCUUAUUAUACAGGCAGCACUUGUGAGGCAUGUGGUGACAACUGUCAAAUCUGUGCCGAUCUCUCAGGACAAUGUAGCUCCUGCAAAUCUUCAAGGAUGACUUUUGACUCAAAUGACUCAAAGAAAUGCGUCUGCAAAACUGGCCAACAUCUAG